CGGCGGGCUGUGUUAACUUGUGUCCGGCCGGGCGAUUCCGGAGCCUGGAGUUUUAGUCGUGGUGGAGGCAGCAGUCAGGAAACUGCAAGAUGUCAUUUGUCAGAGUGAACCGUUACGGUCCCCGUGGAGGAGGAAGGAAAGCACUGAAAGUAAAGAAGAAGAAAAUGUCAGUAAAGCAAGAAUGGGAUAACACUGUAACUGAUCUAACAGUUCAUCGGGCAACUCCUGAAGAUCUGAUCCGUCGUCAUGAAAUACACAAAUCGAAGAAUAGAGCAUUAGUACACUGGGAGCUCCAAGAAAAAGCUUUGAAGAGAAAAUGGAAGAAGCAGAAACCGGAAAUUUCUAAUCUUGAGAAAAGGAGAUUGUCUGUCAUGAAGGAGAUUCUUAAUGAUCAAUACCAGAUGCAGGAUGUAUUGGAAAAAUCUGAUCAUUUGAUGGCUACAGCAAAAGAUCUGUUUGUUGAUUUUCCUCGUAGGCGCACAGGGUUUCCGAAUGUAACAAUGGCUCCUGAUUCCUCUCAAGGUCCCAUUGUGGUAAAUCAAGACCCUGUCACCCAGGCCAUCCUUAGUGAAUCUGUUAUUGAGCCUCAGGCUCUUAAUGAAGUAGAUGAUGACCAACGAGAAGGAACUGUUAACAGCCAGUCAGAAGAAAGUGAGAAUGAGUUGGAUAACUCUCUAAGCUCUCAGUCAAACACAAAUGCGGACACGUUUCUCCACAAAAUAACGGAAGAUAAUUCCGAGUUAAUUAAUAAACUAUGGACUGAUAUUCAGCAGAAAGAAGCAACACAAUCACAAAUAACAAGCUCUUCAGGAACUCCACCAUCUGCUUCUCCAUCAGGAGAACAAAAAGCUGCUCUGAAUGCUACUAAUGCUGUUAAGAGAAUCCAUACGAGGCUUCAACUGGAAGAAUCUACUGAGACUCUAGACUCAAGCUAUGUAGUGAGACAAGUGCUGAACUCAAGGAAGCAAAAACAGCUGCUAAAUAAAGUGAAAAGAAAACCAGAUUUGCGUGCUCCUUCAAAACAGAAGAAUAGAGUGUUAUCAGCCAGCACAGCCUCCACAGACUUACCGAAUAGCAGUAACCCCAGCCUAGAUGUCCUCAAACACAUGAUACAUGAAGUGGAACAUGAAAUGGAAGAAUAUGAGCGGUGGACAGGACGCGAGGUCCGGGGGCUCCAGAACAGUCAGGGUCUCACCGGCUUCACCCUGUCGCUCGUGAGCUCCCUCUGUCGCCUGGUUCGGUACCUUAAAGAGAGUGAGCUCCAACUGCGUAAAGAAGUAGAGACAAGGAAGCAACUGGAACAAGCAUUAGGCGAUCAUCGAGAGCUGAUUGAUGCUCUGACAGCAGAAGUUCUUCUCCUUAGAGAAGAAAAUACUGCUACCCAGGCAAGACUUCAGCAGUACAUGAUCACAACAGAUGAGCAGUUUAUAUCACUCACACAUGCCAUUAAGAACUGUCCUGUGAUAAAUAACAAAGAAAGUCAGACAUUAGAAAGGGGAGCCACAAGUAGAAAUAUGGACAGUCCAGAGGGUCCAGCUGUAAAUGCUAAUGUCUCCGUGCCAUUGAUGUUCAGAGGGGAAGAUAUGGUUGAAUUGCCACAGGAAGAUUUGCCUGUUAAACUGUCUCAGGUGCCAAACCCUCCAGAAAGCAGGAAUCUGGCCAGCAGUUUUCCAGGGCAUAUAUUUGAGCCAGCGGUAUUGUUAACACCACCCAGGCAGAAGAGCAACUCAGAAUUCUGUCCUUUGCAGGAUGUAUUGAGGAGGACUGUUCAAACUCGUCCUGCCCCACGAAUUCCUCCAACCGUGGAAAUAAUUGAGAAGGAACAAAAUUGGGAAAAGAAGACUGGCACAGACAUUCAGAAUUCAAGUGAAGAGAGUCAUCUCUUUACUCAGAGGUGGAGGGCCUCUCACAUGGGAGAAGAUUUGCAGAACAAAACCCAGCCUCCUUUUGUUAACCCCUCACAGCCCCUCUGCAAUUCCCGUUCAAGCACUCAGCAAUCAAGAAACCCCGCACUCUCAGAAGAACCCCCAGUAUUGGGAGAUGGGCAACAGCUUAGAACAAAUGAGACAUUAAUACAAAGAAAGGACAUCAUGGCACGAAUUGCUGAGUUGACACUGCAGAAUUCAGCUAUCAAGGCACAUCUGAAUAAUAUUAUUGGGCCAGGGGGAGAGCAAGGGGAUGGACUUCGGGAGUUUAACAAACAGGAGACGAGUCAUGCCAGCAACAUGACCUCUUCUCUUCCAGCAGUACAACCUCUAACACCAAGUAGCAUGGAGGAACGGAUUGCAGAAUUGAAUCGACAGAGUAUGGAGGCUCGUGGAAAACUCUUGCAAUUAAUAGAGCAGCAGAAACUUGUUGGUUUGAAUCCUUCCUCUCCACCGGUAUCACCUAUUCGGUCACCCCUCGGAGCAUGGACUGAAGGAGGAAAGAGGACGAUUGAGGUAUCUAUUCCAGUAGCGGAAGCCCCAGAAAGCUCAAAAUGCAGUACUGUCUCUCCUACCAGUGGGCUAAAUUCAAGAAGAUCUCCAGGGGCUACUAGUAAUUCUUGUUCCCCAUUAAAUGCCACCUCAGGAAGUGGGCACUUGACACCUCUUAAUCCAAGAGCAGAGAUUGAGAAACAAAAUGAAGAAGGCUGGUUUGCUCUUGCUACCCACGUGUCAUAAGUGAGGUCGAGUUGUAGAGUUUGUUCUCAGUAAUAUAUUCUUGAGCUUCCACUCCCCUUUCCCUGCUCCUGCUUUUAAGUUUUUAUGUUCUUCUUUCAGAUACAACUUACAAAGAUCUCGUGACUUAGUACUAAUGGAACAAAGAAAUAAAGCAAUUAUUUUAAUUUUUAACCUUUUCAAAUAGAUUUCCAACAAACAACCUAUAACCUCUUGUGAAUAAAAUUUUGACUAGAGGGAAAUUAAAGUUUUAUAUUCUAAUAAAUUCAAGGAUUUUUUUUAGUAAUAUAUUUUUAUCUUUAUCAUCUUUAUUCAGAUUUUGUUUUGGUCCAGUGUAUCUCAAAUGUUGAUCUAUUUUAUUUUUAUUUUAUUUUUUUCUGAAGAACUAAGCUGUUUUUGCAUAUAACUUACAAUAAAAUGCUUCAGUGUGA